AUGUUCAAUCUUUGGUCGGCCGGGCUUGUUGCGGUCUUAGCCGCGAAAGAAUCCCAAGCAGCGCUGUACCACAUAAACGCCCGAGCAGAUGACGAUUCCGGCCCGUCAGAGUCAUUCGUCAGCUUUUCUAUAGAAUUGUCCUCGUUUGUAGACUAUGCCGCCCUACGUGCGAGUUGGGGGAAUACACAAGACUAUGCAUUGUACAAUGCGUCUCUCAAAGAAGAUAUCAACGGAACACAUGAUCCAAACAAGUCCAAGGACUAUCCCACGACCAUAUACAUUGGGGACUCGUUUUUCGAGUCAUAUAAUACAUGGCCAGGCGUCAAGUUUUCCCACGGGUUCAACCUCGCAAAGGGGGCUUAUGGAAACGAGCCCAACAACUACCCGACUUCUGCUCAGGGACCUACCCGUCCCAAGGGUUGGAGUGCCAGGGACUUUGCUGAUGGGUGGCUCAACGGGACGCGUGGGAUCAACAAGCAGAUACGAAGGCAUUGCCCGGAACUUGCGGAUUUCGGGUUCAUGGCACCGUCAUACGGCGAUCGUGUGAGUAACCUGAAUGCUACCCAGGCUUGGGGCUAUGGACUCGACAAGUAUGACGGCGUCAAGUGGUAUUCUGUUCACAAAGCGCUGAAUCACACUCGCCAUCAACAGUACCAAGCAUUCCAGCCAAUUGACACCAACAAGACGUCAAAGAGCACCAAGGCACCUUAUUACGGCAGCAUCGGUGUGGCAGCUGCCUUUGGGGAUCUCACAACGUCCUCUGUCAGCGUUUCUUCCAUACCGAUGCCAUCUGACCAGGAAGCAGCGUACGCAAUUUUCGAACGCGGAAACCUCAAGCGUCUCAUGGUCAUCAACAUGCACAGAUACAACACGACCAAAGACGGGGCCGGCACGGAGCCACUGCCGAACCCUCCAGGAAGAAUGAGCCGGGGUUUUUCGUUUGCGGCGCGAAACCUGGCGCGGGAUGUGUCGAUUCGUGAACAGCGACUCAUGACAAACGGCAGUGAUGCUAUUACCGGAGUGACGUUUGAUGAGUGGAGUUAUAACUGGGAGUUGGACAAUGGGAAACCUGUUAGACUAGACAACGUUACGACCGGAGAGACGUUUAGAUCGAAACAAGGAGUCAUUACAGUCAUGGUCCCUGAUUCGUCUGCGGCGUUGCUUCAUCUAGAGCAAGAUGGUGGUGGUGGUAGUUGA